AACUUUUCUCAGUUGACUUCAAAUGCUACUUCAACUAUUUCUUUCUCUUUUUCUUGCUUCUUAUGCAAAAAGUGCGUGUUUUGACGGUCGAGAUAAGGAAAUCAAAGGGUUAUGCUUCACGUUCGUGCCCCAACAGAUGACAUUCAAUGAUGCUCGUAAUUGGUGUCAUCAUCAGAAUCCAGUCACUUCUUCUUUUUUGGCAUAUGUUCCUGAUCAGUAUACCAGCAAUUUUUUGGCCUAUGAUGCUCGAACGGCUUUUGAAACAAAGAACGGAAAUUUUUGGAUUGGGCUAAGCCGAAACAGGUCUUCAAGUCCAUUUGUUUGGGAUAACGGGCGUCCAGUGACCUACACAAACCUCGGCACUCAACUCGGUCAAAAUAAUUUGGCUCAAAGUGUGGUGAACACAAAAUGGAAUGCAUUUGGAGAGAACGACAAGAACUUCUUUGUGUGCAGUUAUGAUCCUGCUGCUCCACCAACUUUUUCACCUCCAGUUAUUACUUCGACUCGAGAACCUAGAACAGAAGACAGUUUCUGCAAACGAACCGACCGAGUGACACUACUUUUUGCAUUUUCAAAUGAUUUCAAUUCGCAAACUGUGAGACAAUCGUGGGACAGAAAAACUUUGAACUUGGCCCAGUAUUCCGGAUACGCAAUUGCAAGAUUUGAUGUUCGUGUGGCAGAAAGCAUUGCUUAUUUCACGGAUUAUAGAAGCGCCACGGCAUAUUUGCACUCUCAUCUUCCUGAUCCAAGAUUGGGAUUCGGCGACAAAACGACAGGGAGUGAUUCUCUGCAAGUUAUUGAGAAAUUCUACAACAAUAACGAUAUUCCCACUUGCGGAUCGAUUAUCUUGAUCCUUUCUAAACGUCAUCCGAAUAAUGCGGACAUCUCAAAAACAGUAUCACUUGUGAGACAACAUCAUGGAAUAAUUCAUGCGGUUUGUUCAGUUGCACCGUCAGGCGGAACCCAAUCAAAAGCGAUGUAUAAUUUAACAUCCAAAACGAAUGGAGUGUGUAAUAUUGGAGAAGACGGGGACUUUGAUGAACUAAUGGAUUAUAUUCCUAUUUAUGAUGCUCCGUAUCCAAUUUACUGUGCCAACCCGGUUCUCUCCGGUCAAAACAUAACGGAGCUGCCACAAAUGAACAUUCCGUUUUCAAAUGAAUAUUGGGUGGCUUUAACAAUUCAAGAUCACGCUCCCAUUGAUUCCAUUCGGUCACUUCAUUUUUUCAUAACAAAAACAAACGACAAGUACAGCAUCAUUGACUGGCAGGUUUACCCGGCGAGUUUUAAUGGAAUUCUUACCGGUAAUGGGUUUACUUUAAGCCCGGUGACUUACAGUAUGGAACUACAAUAUGACUACACAAAUGAAGCUGAAGAAGCCACUCAAUUCAGAGUGUACAGUAUAAGUCCUCCUCAAGAUUGGCUUCCAUACUGUGAUUAAAUCCGGCAUUUCAACCUUGGCUGAUUGGACUAGUUGACUCCGAUUUGAACAAAUUCCAAUAAAAAUUAUUUUCUCUCGACAUUAUUUUAUGCUGCAUUUAGUACUGCUCGUCAAAAUAAAAUUUAAUUUUUGC